AUGAUCAUCUGCGGCAUUAUCGCGCUGCUGGGUCCCGGAUUAUGGGUGCGGGCGGCGCUCUUGAGCCAUAUCUGGUAUGUUGAAAGACUCUAUGUAAUGAAAACUGCUAAACUGGCGUGGGUAAACGCUGGAAACUCGCUAGUCUUUGGCCUGAUGGGCUUGUUCUGUAUUCUCUCUCCCAUCUUUGUUAACUGGAUCGGUGUCAAGAACACCUUGAUUGCUGGCACUCUUGGCUGGUCUGUUUAUAGUGCUGCGCUUUAUCAGAAUAACCGCUACGGCACUGAGCAAGUCCCUUCUUCCAUCUCGAAAUUUCGCGUGGCUAAUCAUUCAUCUAGGUGGUUCGUUAUUCUUGGCGCAGCUAUCUGUGGUGUCAGUGCAGGCCUGUACUGGGCUGCAGAGGGUGCCAUCAUCCUCUCAUAUCCCGAGCAUGCAAAGCGAGGCCGCUAUCUGGCGCUUUGGCUUGGCUUCAAAAAUAGCGGACAACUCAUCGGUGGUGCCAUUAAUCUCGGUCUAAAUGCCAAUCGUUCAGAAGGUGGCAAGGUGUCCUACGUAACCAUCCUUGUCUUUGUCUGUCUGCAAGUUCUCUCUUUCCCGGUUGCAUUCUUACUUGCACCUCCGGAUAAGACACAGCGGCCGGAUGGCACGCAUAUCAUUGUAGAGGCCAAGACCCCAGCCAAGGAGCAGCUGCGAAUGCUAUGGAAGACAAUCACGACACGUAAAAUCGGACUAUUACUGCCUAUCUUCUUUUCCAGCUGGUUCUAUUGGGGCUACGCUUCGACUUACCUCACUUUAUAUUUUACUGUUCGAGCUCGAGCCUUGGCUUCAUUUCUGUCAGCAAUUACCGGCACCCUUGCCUGCAUACUGUUCGGCAUCUUCCUCGACACUAGCAAGAUCACAGUCAGGUCUCGCAUACGCUACGGUUUUAUCUUCUCCACUGGCCUAUUUACUCUCCUCUGGAUUUGGGUGCUUAUCGUCCAGCACGGCUUCGAACAGAGGCGCCCCGACUACCUCGACUGGACCUCACCAGGAUUCGGUCGAGCAUUUGGCAUUUAUAUUAUGCUGCAGACGAGUGGAAAUAUGGUGCAAAACUAUCUCUACUUCCUUAUUGGCACCAUUGGUGAUGGCACCCUGGAGCUGAGCCGAUCGACGGGUUUGUUGCGCGGUGUGGAAAGCUGGGGACAGUGUGCGGCGUUUGGCAUUAACAGCAGCAAGUUUUCGCCUUUUUAUACAACAGUUAUCAAUGUUGUUUUCUGGACACUCAGCUUGUUUCCAGCUUUUGUAACCAUUUGGAAGGUUGAAGGUCGUGUUGAUUAUGAAAACGAGUCUAGCAACCAUGCUGAUAAGAACAACGGUUUACCAGAGAACACAAUUGAGAAAGGCGAUGCUAUUGAGAAUCCUGUAAGCAAGGCAUAG